AGAAGAGGAAGACGUCCAUAUUCCAUUGCGUUCUUGAGUGCUCCGAGAUUGCGAAGUGCAAAUAGCUCCUGUGUGGAGAACGUUCUGAGUUUCGCCGACGAAUCCAAAGCUAGAACCAUGGCGGAAGACGAGAAAAAGCUUAUUCCCGAUGCUGAGCCCAAAGCAGGAGCAACAGGAGCAUCGGCGGCACCGGCUCCGAGUACGUCAGGAGCCCCUGCAGCACCAGUGGCACCGCAACCCCCGGUACCUGGCGCGCCAGCACCAGCCGCCCCAGCACCCGCCGGCACAGCACCUGCGGCUCCAGUACCAGCCCCAGAAGGCAAGAAAGAAGAUGCAAAACCAGAGGAUGCAGCAAAGGCGCCUGGUGCAAAAAAAGAGGAGGAACAGGUUCUCAUCGCUCUUUUGUCUUUGGUGCGCAAGAAGCUGGGCAGCCAUUUUAAAGAGACUCGCCAGCUGGUCAUCUUGGCUGUCGUCUGCCUCCUCUUGAUUGCCUAUCUCAUGUUUUCUUCAAAGUACCUCCUGGACUGGCUUCGUUCCGAAGACACCGUCUUGGACACAGCAACGGAGAAGACAGUGAGCUUGCGCUUCAAGUACCCUCCGGAAUGCAUUGACGGGACGGAUAUAAUCUGCCUUCCAGAAGUGAAGUACCUGAAAGAACACCUUUCCGGUGACCCCUGUGACGACCUGUACAGCUACAUCUGCAACAAUAAUUACUUCUACAGUGCAGACCGCAGUGACUACACCCUGUGGCCUUACCGAUAUGCCAAUCUGGAGUACGCCUACACCACACUGGCUCGCUUCAUUGAGGAGGACCUGAAGGAUUUCAAAGAACCUGUCCCAAGCCGGUACGAAAAGACAGGGCUUAUCAAGACCGCGAUGUUCAUCAAGAACUGCACUAGCGAGGAAGAUUCACAGAAGCACCACGUGGGUCACCUGAAGCGUGCUCUGUACGACACGGGUCUUCCGAGCAGCCCGUACGAGCACUCUCGCCCGGAAAAGGAGCUGCCGGACGUCGCCGAGGCCUUGGCGACAGUCAUGCUUCAAUUGGACAUCAAAGUCCUCUUCACGAUAGAUUUCGUGCUUAAUACAGACCCUCAGCUGAGCAGCAGCGCCCCGGGUGGAAAGCUCGUUUUGGUGAAAAAGCUGCCACUGAAUAGAAAAAUCGUGGAACGUCGUAGAGAUGCUGAAGGCACGGAGAGAAGCGAGUUCAUCUACAAUAUGCUCAAAGUCCGUCAUUUUAUUCCACCCACCUUCAAACUGUACGACUACAUUGGACAAAAUUUCUACGACUUGUCUGACACCUUGGCUAAGGAAUCCGUGUCAACCACUACACAAGAAACAACCAGAAUCAUGGAUGUGCAGUACCUCCCAGGAUACGCGGACAUUAGCACUGGUAGAUUCGACUGGGUUAAAUUCUUCAACACCUUAUUACGGGACAAGGCCUUUAAGUUCGACAACACAACUAAAGUGGCUCUGCACGACUACAAUCACCUCAAGAAUGUUAUGAAUGUGAUUCUUGGACGUUCGAGGCAUGAUAUCCUGAACUACAUCCUCUUGUUCGUGUGGUCGUACUAUAUACCUCUGAUGCCUAAAGGAUACACGGCACACAUGCGAUACCUGCCAAACACAGAUUUCACGGCCAUUACAAUAAGGGAUGGUUUCCAGUCGUGCAUGAAGCUUGCCGAACACUUCUGCCCCAAAGGCAUGUUGGCUCUCAACCGGGAGGUACUAAUGGACAAGGAGGGACCGUUGAAAUACCUUGAGUGGGAAGGAAGCAUUGUUGACUUUUACGCGAACCGCUUGAAUGAAUUCGCUUUGAAUUUCCUCACCAGUCUAAUGAAUCGCACGCUAGCGGACCACUUCAUGGCGAAAUACAUCACGAAUGCUAAAAUCCAGUUGGCUUUUCCAUAUUGGCUGAAGAGCAAAACAGUCAGAGAGCUAGAAUGCCUUUUCGACGUGGAUCAGGUGGGAGCCAAUCAGACGCUGUUUUAUUUCAAGGACGUUGUCAGCAAGACAAAUGAACUGAAGUGGCACCAAAGGUUUUUCACCAAGGAUGAUGUAUACGUGCCUCCCGUUGAGAGCAAUUUCGUUUAUGAUGUUUCCUUUCGACCCGGUGAAGUUUUUAUACCCAUGCCCUACAUACUUCCUAUGAUCAAGUACGACAGACUCAAAGAAGUUUACAUGUGGAUGUCUCUACCAGACAUUUUUCACGCCUUCGUACGCACCCUUUUCCGAGAACAGGUGAAAAUGGGCACCCUUACCACCUACGGCGAGGAAAUCACCAACAGUACCGAGGUGCUAGGGCGCUGUGUGUCCAAGCUGGUUGCUAGUUACAUGAACCUCUCCGACUUCACAUUGGACGCACCAUGGUUUCUUGGAGAUAGCAUUAUCUACAAAUUUAUGGCAAAGUUCACAAUGACGGCCUGGACCAGAGUAGGUGCUGCGCAACUGAAGGGUUUCGAUCCUCACGAGGUCGCUCAAAUGCCUUUCCUUCUCAUGGCUGAGGUGGCGUGUCGGAAGUACCUUGUCGAGGACAUCACGUGGGACACAAUGCUCUACUUCAGCCUUUAUCCCGCAACUCAGAUCAACCUCGCAUUUUCUGACUACGCCUCGUUCAUAUCGGCCUUCAACUGCACUCCAGGCUCAAGAAUGCACGCUUCUCUUUCAUGCUCGAUGACCAACCCGACCGAGGAUCCGCAACCGAUAACGAUAUCUUCGCCACGCAUUUCAUUCUUUUAUUAAGUCAGUCACUUAACGAAUACUGUACUAAUAACUUGCAGACAAGUACGAAUAAAUACGUUU